AUUGCAAGAGUCUGUUACAAGUUCUUCCUUACUUUUGGUUUUCUAAUAAGCAGAAACCAUAAGAAAAGGACACUGAGUUGCUUAUUCUUGUUAGAUUGAUGGAAGAAAAUGUGUUCAAAAUCAUAUUCUUAAAUGACCCAGAUGAUAUAUACAGUUCUUGAAUGUCACUAGGAUUAUGGAUAACCAUAUCAAUGAGAGGCUUCUGAAUUCAGAAGCAGAAGGUACAAGUUUGAAAGAGAGGAUUUGGGUAGAAUCAAAGAAGUUGUGGAGGAUUUCUUUUCCUUCUGUAUUAUUUAGAGUGACAUCAUUUGGAAUGUUGGUUGUGUCACAGUCAUUUAUUGGUGAAAUUAGUGCAGUUGACCUUGCUGCAUAUGCACUUAUGCAAACCAUCCUUGUACGUUUUGCAAAUGGUGUUAUGCUAGGCUUAUCAAGUGCAACCGAAACUCUUUGUGGGCAAGCAUUCGGAGCAAAGCAAUACCACAUGAUGGGUAUCUACUUGCAGCGUUCAUGGAUUAUUAACAUUGUUGUUGCAACAGUUAUGACCCUUGUUUUCAUCUUUGCGACACCCAUAUUUAGAUUACUUGGCCAAGAAGAGGAAAUAGCAGCAGCAUGUGAAAAAUAUUCUCUAUGGUUCCUUCCCUAUAUCUACUAUCUUCUUUUUUCCAGGAGCAUCCAAAUGUAUUUACAAGCUCAGCUCAGGAAUACAGUUAUUGGAUGGUUGUCUGCUUCCACAUUUGUGAUUCAUGUGUUAUUGUCCUGGAUCUUUGUGAGCAAACUGCACUUAGGGACUAAUGGAGCAAUGGGUGCAUUGACCAUAUCUACUUGGUUAAUGGUCAUUGGAAUGUUCGUGUAUGUCUUCGGAGGUUGGUGCCCUCAAACAUGGAAAGGAUUCACUAUGGCUGCCUUCAGUGACCUAGUGCCUGUAAUAAAGCUCUCAGUGUCUUCUGGCGUGAUGCUUUGCUUAGAGUUAUGGUACUAUUGUAUUGUGCUCUUAGUGGCUGGAUAUCUGAAAAAUGCAACAGUUGCCAUAUCCGCCUUCUCUAUUUGUCUCAACAUUAAUUUUUGGGUAUUGAUGAUAUUCCUUGGCUUAUUUGGUGGUGCAAGUGUGCGGGUAUCAAAUGAGCUGGGAAAGGGAAAUGCUGAAGCUGCAAAAUUUGCUGUUAACGUUGUUGUAAUUACUGGAGUUCUUAUUGGAAUAGUUUUCUGGAUUUUGUGUUUGGUCUUUGGUCGUGAUAUUGCCUAUUUGUUUACAAGCGAUGAAGAAGUAGCAGAAACUGUUACAAGUCUCUCUGUCCUCCUCGCUUUCUCACUGUUGCUUAGUAGUGUUCAGCCUGUACUCUCAGGGGUGGCUAUAGGUGCUGGUUGGCAAGGUGUGGUCGCAUAUGUCAAUCUUGCAUGCUAUUACAUUGUUGGAGUUCCAUUGGGAGUUUUGCUUGCUUAUGCAUUUGAUCUUUCUGUUAGGGGUAUGUGGAUUGGACUGAUGGGUGGAUUGAUAAUGCAAACACUUGCGCUUAUCUAUAUCACAUGCAGAACUGAUUGGAGUGAGCAGGUUAAGAAGGCUUCCGAACGUAUCAAUAGGUGGUCCAUGAACUCUUCUCAGGAAUCCAACCAGAGCUCUUCCCAAGCUUGAAGAGAACGAAUUUUGUUAACUGGGUACACAUUGUAGGCCUAUUUCUUAAUGGCUUUAGGAAAGCUGGUAGUUCAACAUGGUAUUGGAGCUAUGACUAACUUGAAGUCUCAAGUUCAAGUCUCCUACAAUUGAUUUGCCUCUCCAUGUGCAGGUCCAUUUCCAAUCGGACAAUAUCAUGACUUUCUCCUCAGAAUAUGGAGGAAGAAGCAAUGGAUCGAAUGAGAAGAUUCUUGUGUUUUGGAAUAAAAGUAGAAGCGGAGAACUUUGUAUGUCGGAAUUGUAUUUUAAAAAUGCAUUUCCUUUUUAAAAAUGAUAAUUUUGUCACUUUUAAAUUAUCAUUUUUCAAAAAUAUAUUUAAAUAAAAAUUUUGCUUUUCAUAUUGUAUUUGAGGAAAAGUAUGGGUCUUGGAGUUUCUCCUGUUUGGAAGUGUGCAAUCCAAGCAUUCUUAAAGAUCAUUUAUGACCUUCAAACACUGCUUUCAAUCUAUUAUUUAAGAAGCUCUCUUGGAUGAACUUAAAUGAAGUUGGCAUAUUAGCUUG